AUGAAGUCUACAACCACUAUCCUUCUUCUGCAGUCGGUUAUUGCUUGCGCGGCAUUCACGAUGCCGGAGAAAUUGCCCAAUGGUGUAUACAGUGUCCAUGUCAACGAUCAAGGUCUUGAAGUUUAUGAAGGACUCACAGUUGAUCACUCUACCACCGUGACCCCAAAAGCACCCUCAUCUAAGGUGGAAGCUCGCCAGUGGAAAGAUGAAGGUGGAUGGGACCGAAGUCAACCGGAGAUGUUCUGUGGAUGCGGUCUUUCCAUGAGCCAUGGAAAUUGCGAUACUGCAGUCGACAUGCUCAAAGCACAGUUUCGUGACUCUGACGGCGGCGUGGGUGAGGUUACUCAGGCUUGGUAUUCUAUCUGGGAUGAUGUGGUUGCAUUUUGCUGUACUGACGGUCAGUAUCCGAUGACUGCCACGAAUUACGCGGGUCUUCUUGAGCGAAUCACCGAUAGAUGUGGCUGGUAUGUGCCGGGAACAUUGGUGCCGUCUUCUAUUGGUUUUGAUACGAUUGGUUGUGGCUACAUGAACUAUUCCCCUGGCCUCGACUUCUGUGGCGCUUCAGACACCGGCAGAUUCAUGGGCGACAACGGACGUUGCUGA